AUGGCAGCCUCCAGUCAGGAUCCUCCUCCGGAUAUCUCCUCGCUUUCAAUGAACCCUACGAUGGAAUCAUCAGUUCAAAGCAUACCCUUACAAACUCCCACCGAGCUUCCUUCGCACCGCUCUCACAAUCUGACCAACAAUCUCAAACGCAGCGACCCUUUCAAAUUCGGCUCCCGCUACCUCGAACCUACAGACGACGUCUUCGAGUUCAACGCCUGGGACCACGUAGUUCCUGACUCUGCCUACCAUACCCACUGCGAAGCCCAGUACACUUUCCAACGUGCCUCUCCGGUCUCGGACUUCGACAAAGCCCGCUUCAAUAACAAUCCCGAGAAAUGGUGGAACCAAUUUUAUUCAAACAACACAUCUAAUUUCUUCAAGGAUCGGAAAUGGCUCCAUCAGGAGUUUCCUAUCCUUUCAAAGCUGACUGCAAAAGAUGCAGGACCGAGCACCAUCCUGGAGGUGGGAGCUGGGGCGGGGAAUACGGCGUUUCCGAUUCUAAAAGCGAACGACAAUGAGGAACUCAUGAUUCAUGCUUGCGAUUUCUCGAAGAAGGCCGUUGAGUUGAUUAGAGCUAAUGCAGCUUACGACCCUGAGCACAUGCAAGCUUCUGUAUGGGAUAUUUCGAGUGAGGACCUCCCACCUGGAGUCCGGGAAGGUAGUGUGGACGUGGUGUUGCUGGUUUUUAUCUUCAGUGCGCUGAGUCCGAAACAGUGGGAUGCAGCCGUGAGUAAUGUAUGGAGGGUACUGAAGCCUGGUGGAGAGGUUUGCUUUAGAGACUACGGGAAGGGAGAUCUCACUCAGGUGAGGUUCAAGAAGGGGAGGUUGUUGGAGGAUAAUUUCUAUAUCAGGGGAGACGGGACGAGGGUGUAUUUCUUCGAAGAACUUGAAUUGAAGAGGAUAUGGGGAGGCACGGGAACCGUAAACCGAGAGAUAGGAGCCAACGGCGAAGAUGGAUCAGUUAGCAGCGGUACGGCAAGAGACGAGCAGCCCAAGGAUACAGAUGAGGUCUGUACUGGUGACGAAGUGAUUCCGGAUAGGGCGCUCGGAGUGUUUGGAACCGAACAUACCCCUUCACCAACCCCAAAGAGCACAUUUGAGAUUGUGAGUUUGGGUGUGGACAGAAGGAUGCUUGUCAAUCGCCAGAAGCAAUUGAAGAUGUACCGAUGUUGGAUGCAAGGCCAAUUCAAGAAGCCAUACGGUACUGCUCUAGAUUGA